AAUUUUUUCAAAAUUGACUGAAUACUUCGUUAGGGAGAAGUAGUCUGGAAGGCAAUGGCAGCUACGCCCUCAUUGUAACUUUGGAAAUAUCCUAGAAUCUUUUAUUGGGUUACAUCGUGACCUAUUCUCUCAUUUAUAUUGUCAAAUCCAGGUUAUUUGUUUCUCAUUUCCUAAGCUAGGGCAGCUGAAUAUGCCUUGCACCAGUUGAUGACUUAUCUAGCUGCCUAACAGUAGAUCCCCGUGAUACUGUGGUGGCGUGGUCUAGACAGGCCUCUUUUAGUCCCUCAGCCGCAGCCGAAAGAAUAGCGUGGGUUGAAUUAUAUAGUGAAGCUUAGCAACGUAGAUAGAAGACGCUAUAUAUACUAAGUACUUAAGGUGGCAUUCAUACCUAUGAUUUAUGAAUAAGACUUUAUGUUAAAUUGUGAUUGUAUAUGAUCUUUAAAUAUUCUGAGGGUUGAGUGACGGCAUGCCAUUCUACAGAUGUGAUGAACUCACCAACUCAAAUAAUUAAUAGGUAGGUAUUGGUAUAAUUCCUGCUUUCGAACCAACCGCUCAAAAUGGCGAUAACACGGCCCGAGCACUGGGCGAUGGAAUAUCUCGACUACAAGAUAGGCCAUGGGCUUUUUGAGAUCCGACCUGGUCACUCGCAACACCGAACAGAAUCUGAUGAAGACCGCCUCCAGGAAGAAGAAUGCGGUGUCUGUCACCGACCACGAGACGGCUGCUUCGAAGGGGUCGUUGGCGAUCUCAAAGAUGGAAUGGCUCGGGGGUGUCGACUCUGCGACGCUUUACAUCAGAUCAUCGUCGCAACCACACAAGAGCCACACCAGCUAUCCCAUCCAUUUCGACUAGAGAUCCGGAAGGGUAUGCCGGCAACACUGGAUAUCUGCGUAGCAACCGUAACAACAGGCGAGGUGUAUCAGCCGAUCUUUGCCAAGUACCAGAUCUUCUUCCAAGCUAAUGCAACCCGCCGUCCCCCAUCCCUCUCCGCCUUCAACAACAUCGGGUUCGGCUCCCCCGUCGCUAGCACCUCACGUUCAACGCAAUGCCUCUCCUUCGCCAAAGCAGCACUAAACCAAUGUCUCUCAAAACACAACUGCGGACAAUCCACCACCGACCCCAUCCUCCCAACCCGAGUCCUCGACCUCGGCCCCCCCUCAUCAACCACCAUCUCCCUCAAACUCCUCGAGCCCACCCCCGGCACCCGCGCCCGCUACGCAGCCCUAAGCCACUGCUGGGGUCCCCACGCCAAGCGUCUAGAAACCAAACUCGCCACCCUCUCCUCCCUGAAAUCCAACAUCCCAUGGACGGAUCUACCCCCCACAUUCCAGGACGCCGUAACCACGACCCGGUUCCUAGGGCUGCGUUACGUGUGGAUCGACAGCCUAUGCAUCAUCCAAGACAGCCCCGCGGACUGGGACAUCGAGUCAUCGCGCAUGGCAUCCGUGUACCGCGACGCCAGCGUCACCAUCGCCGCCGUCUCGUCCAGCUCGUCCGACGAGUCCUUCCUCAAGCCGCGCAACGCAAUCUUCCAAGCGCGGCUUCUACCCCUUAUGCUCUCGCGCGCUGACCGCGCUCUCCCAGCCGAAGAACUCGGGCUCGUGGUGCCGGGCACAUCGCCGUUCUACGCGUUGGGUGUUAGGCCGCUUGCUGUGCAUAACAUGGAUGGUCCGUUAAGUGAACGCGCGUGGACUUUUCAGGAGGAGAAGCUGUCGAGUCGGAUUUUGAGGUUCGGGGAUGCGGAGCUGAGUUUUGAGUGUAGGAGGGGUGUCGCGUGCGAGUGCGAUAUGUAUGGUGCUGAGUACGAUAAUUCGACUGAGGCGCCGAGUGGGCCGCCGCUGCAUGGGUUGGCUGCUCUGAAUCUUGCGAGCGAGACUGCAGGUUCAGGGGAAGAGGGCGCGGAGGGUGAAGGUCAAGAAAGGAGGGUUGGACGGCUGCCGCCGCAGUUGGACCCCUUUCUCGCGUGGCAAGAUCGCGUUACGGAGUACUCGAAGCGUAAGUUGACGUUCGCUUCGGACAAGCUGCCGGCUUUGGCUGGUCUGGCUACAAUCUGCCAUGCGAUCACGCAGUCCGAGUACGUGGCCGGUCUAUGGCGAGACCACUUCGUUCUCGACCUCCUCUGGCACCCCGCUGGCCCUAGAAAUUUGGCCCCGGAACCCGAAAACCCCUUCCGCAACCCAGCCACCGCGUCCUGGAAACCCGGUCUAUCCAUCCCCUCCGACAAGCUCCCCAGCUCAGAAAACCUGUCAUCCUGCUACCUCAAAAGACAGCGCACUGCCGCCGCACACGCUAGUCUCCUAGCCAUGGACAUCCCCUCAGACUUCGGCACCCCCUCUCCAUCCAAACCCAGCGCCGAGAGCCCAACCACCGGCUUCGUAGAAGCCUACCGCGCGCCCACAUUCUCCUGGGCAUCUAUCAGUAGUUCUAUCGCCUUCUACCCCGUCUCCAACCCCCAAACCAUCGAAAUCGAAACCACACUCCAAGAAGCCCACACCACCCUCACCGGCAUCAACCCCUUCGGCCGGAUAUCCGACAGCCACGUCGUACUCCGGGGACCGCUCCUCCAAGCACGAAUCUCAACGCGUCCGCUGCGGCGCAACUACGGGUCCUAUAUCCUGAAACACAACAACAGUAUUGUCGGGUUUAAAGCCGAUUUACCAUUAACCCUAUCACCGCCCCCAUCCCCCUCCCCCUCCCCAAGCUCCGAAACAGAACCUAUAGUCACACGAGCAACAGCAACCUCGCCCCCACAUACCCGAUUCAAGGACAUGUGCGUAUGGUGUAUGAGUCUCUUCCACGCGAAAGACGGGUCAGUGCGGGAGGUUCUGGUUUUAGGGCGUUCGGCGCGGGUUGAGGGAGCGUACGAGAGGUUAGGGUUGGUCGAUGCUUCGGCGCCUGGGACGGUUCGGUGUUUAAAUCGGUGGUUCGAGGACGAGGGAGAUGGGACUGCUGCGGUGGUGAGUGAGGUUAGAUGCGUGUGAAGCCAGUUAUCCGCGCAGAAUAACCUUGGAAGACGCGAUUUGUGCGAGUGGCGCUUCGCUUAUCCCCGGUUUGUUAGGGUAAGUGUGAAAAGCAAGAAGGGGGGAGAUGGUAAUGACGCAUAUCAAAAAUGACAGAUUACAAAGUGGCGCAAUAUGCGUUCGCUUUGCUGCAGAACAGGAAUCAAGCUUUCAGAUUCAGUAUAUG